AUGAUCUGGACUAGAGUGACCCGACUUGAACAACUGCUCGACGAGCGACCCGGCAUUGAUGUCGUCGAUUCCCACACCUGCGGUCAACCUACUCGUGUCAUUCUCGGCGGUACGGGUUUGAAGGAUGGGAUGACCCCAGAGGAGGGAAGGGACUACCUGAUGAACAGCGCCGACUGGGCACGACGCAUUGCUGUGAUGGAGCCUCGUGGACAACGAUCUAUGUUCGGCGCCGCGAUCAUUCAUCCGUCAGGCCCAGACGAGAGCUUCGGAGUCGUCUACAUGGACGCGAGCACCUAUCCUGAUAUGUGCGGUCAUGCUACUAUCGGUGUGGCCACGACGCUCUUUGAACUGGGUCUCAUUGGCCCUGCCCGGCCGCCAGACGACACAACAGAGUUCCCUUUCCAAUUGCGAACUCCUGUGGGCACGCUGAAGCUAAUCCUCACUGUCAAGAGAGGCAAGUGCCAUGCGGUAACGUUUCAAAUGCCUCUCGCUUACUACGUCGGUUCGAUGGAUGUGCAUGUGGCUCCAGGUCGGACAGCACGCGCUGACAUUGGGUGGGCUGGACAAUACUACGCCUACGUACCAGUUGAGGAGACCGGACUCAAGAUCGAGCUUGAUGAAAUUGAUGAGCUCCUUGCCUCUGCCACACCUAUUCGACGGCAGAUUGCGCAUGACUUCAGGGCUAUCGACCCUCGCACGAGCUUCGUCCCCGAAGUUGGAAAUAUCGUGUGGACAGGCGCACCGCAGAACACAGCGGCUCACGCUCGCAAUAUUCCUCACUCAAGUAGCGGCUCAUUCGAUCGAUCGCCAUGCGGAACCGCUACGUGUGCAAGGAUGGCUGUACUUGUUGCACAAGGCGACCUUCAAGCCGGGGAAGACUUUGUCAACGAGAGCAUUCUGGGUACGCUAUACUACGGCCGCGUCGUCCGCGAGCACCUUGACGGUGAUUUCCAAGGCAUAGUGCCGCAAGUACGAGGAAGCGCAUGGAUCACCGGAGCGAGCCGCCUGACUCGGGAUCCCGAUGAUCCUCUCGGGCUUGGAUACCUCAUCGGUGGAGGAAGAGCAGUUAUCUAG